AGAAGAAGAGGUAAAUCCAUUGGAACCAACCGUGGCCACCAAAUAAUCUUUCAGUUCCGACACAGAAAAGAGAGUGACCAUGGCGAAAGCCCAAAAGAGGCAAAAGAAGAAUGACACCAAGGAGUCCAAGUCUCUUCCAAAGUACGGUUCGAAAGAGUAUUGGGAACAGCGGUAUGAAAAGGUGCUGCCAGAUUCCGAAAAAGAUCCCAAAGAGGUUGCCAACGACGAGGAAGAGCCCGAUGCCUUUCACAACUGGUACUUUACGUAUCAUGAUUUGCGACCCAUCAUAUUGCCGUUGAUCAUGGGAGGAAAAGAAGCAGCACAGUCGUUGUUGGAAGACAAGAAUGAUGAUUCAGCAAGGGACGAAAAAGAUGAUGAUGAGGAUCCAGACAAUUCGGACUCGCCCAAAGAUGACGAUGAUGGUGAAGAGAAUGAAGAAGAAGGCCAAGAAGACGGCGACGAUAAUAAUAAAGAAGAAGCAGAGAACAACGAUGGUUGGGAAGAAGCAAGCGACUCUGAUGAUAACGACGAAACCACUGAAGAAUCCAAACUGGAAACGGGACUUGCCAUUGUUGGGGAACCCAUUUCUGUGCUGGAAGUGGGCUGUGGCGAUGCGCCCUUGGUUGUUGGUUUGGCCGACGAUUUGAGCCGAGUGAAUGAUGACGACAACCAAACGACAUUGUUGGUUCAUCGCAUUGUCGGCACUGAUUAUAGUUCCAAUGUCAUUAGCGCUUUGAAACGAAUGCACCAAAAGAAACGCAAAGCGAAUGGCGAAAAGACAGACAAACAGCAACAACGACAACUUGCCAUGGAAUUUCAGGAGGCAGAUGCUCGCAAGCUGCCGUUUCCCGACAAGUCCUUCCAUUUGAUCUUGGAAAAGGGAACUAUGGACGCCAUGAUUUCGGAUCCUGACGUGGGAGUUUCCAAUUGCAUCCAGAUUGUCAGCGAUUGUGCGAGAACGUUGGCUAUUGGGGGCUGUUUCUUUUUGGUCUCUCAUAUCAACGCCCAAACAGAAAAAGGCGAAGAGUGGUUGAAUGACGUUGUCGUGACAGGUCUUCGAAAGGGAGGGGGUGACGACGCCAGCUGGUCCAUUGAAGUUCAUGGAAAUGCUGCACCAGUGCUGGACGAAGAAAAGGACGACAACAAUGAGGAUUCGGCAGGGCCAGCCGUUUACUUGAUUUUCAAGUCUUCAUCAACAAUAACGAAAGACAAAGAGAAGGAAGGCUCUGACGAAACUCCAACAAUUCCUCUUCAAUUCUUUUCCUAUUGAGCGAAACACCGCAACAAACAACUUGCACUCCAAGAAGAGCUGAUACUCUUCGUUUCUCAACGCCUGUGAUGCCUACCUGGCGAGUCUGUAGCCAUGGACGACGGAAGAGCGCUCGUGAACGGAAUGCAGAUACUCUUUGCUGCGGCGUUAACAUGGUGAUGUCCUUCUGCUAGAAAACGGCUUGCCCAAAAGUUGGGCUGUCGGCAGUCUCCAAUGGAAGAUACGUGACAACAAACUUCCUAUCUAAGGGGCAAUGAAGUUGUGAUUAGUUGUCAUGAAUCAAUACUUACUUGAAACAUUACCAGCUGCGGCGCUUGCCUUGUAAUUGUUCAGAGUUGGGUUUAUGAGGGUUUCUUCAAAAGAGUACACUGACAAAACUUGAUGUUACAUACAUGUAAUGGAUGGGUCCAAUAGAAUGAUCCAUUCGAGACCGAGCAGAAAGGAGAGAGCCCCACAUCAAACGCAUACUAGCUAGUAGACGCACAGAUGACGCGAAGACAAAAAAUGUGCCGAUUGAAGAUCUUAUGGCCGGUGCACGUGCAACGAGGAGGCGUGCGGGAGCAAAUAUUUGGCUCGUUUCUGUUGUCGCGGCUGUACCUGGUACAUGUACCUGCACUCAACCAAGGACAGCCUGGGGUGUUUCUACCAUGGUACCGGUUAGAGUGCAAUAGAAGCAACGCAGGAAGCAAAGAAAGACCACCCUUUUAAAAUAGCUAGAUCCUUCAAGGUCCCUAAACGAGCGGCACAGUGCCGUGCUUCGCAUAGCUAGUGGAGGAGAAGAGCCAAGUAUGCGAAGAGCCGACGAAAUGUGGAUGUGAGACCAGAUUUGGCUUCCCUGACAGCUUAUUCUAGAACAUCAGAAAAUUGCGUUUCCUAGCUACCGGUA